GCAAGGGGCAACAGAUGUCCUUCCGCAUGACGCACGGGGUGGCCGCGCGCGUCUCUCUCGCGGGAGAGACAGUCUCGGUGGUGGUGCCUGUGUGCGCGUCGCGCCGCCUUCCUUCGUCUCCGGCGAGAGGAUCGAAAGGACGACCCCGGUCUGAGCAGGCUCAUGCGGAGCAUGCUCGCACCAUGAAACUGAACGCGCUCCGACGAGGAACGUACCAUCUCGGUGAUUUUCGUUAGCACGAUGUGCGAGGUGUCGAAGAGCCAGCGGAGGGCGUUCCGCGACCAAGAUCCACCGAGAAUAUGUAACAAGAGCACGGAGAACCUGCUGCGGGACGAGCUGGAGUUCUCGCGCUCGACCCCGAGCUCGCCGACGACUCUCCAGCGUGCCGCCAGCCUGGAGAAGUGUUUCAGCGAGCCGGAGUUCUUCCAGAAGCAACGCGAGCUGCUAUCGAAGCACGAGCAGCGGACGAAGGAGAAGAGCGACGAGGAGAGCGUCUCCUCCAGUCCCGCACGUGAUACGCGCGACGAUCCCGACGAGCAGCGCGGAGGCGCGACGGCUGUCGCGAGGAGCGCCGAGGACCUCCUGAGGGAACUCUCCGUCAAAGUGCCUUCCCCUUACAAACGUGUGAACGAGGUGAUCACUAACGGUCUGAAGUGCGACUUGAGCGACGGCGACGGUUUGAUAAACGGAAGGAAAAUGGCACCGGUUUUGGGCGUACCGCCUCCGCCACCGCCGGCUCCUCACAUGGGACCAGACGGCUUGAUUUUGCCGAAGAAACCGUAUAACCCUUGCCUUACCUCUACUAAUCAUAAGGACCUCCACAGAGAGCUGCUCUUCAAUCAGAAAAUUGGCAGGAACGUCUUGAACCAGAAGAGCGAGUUGCAACGCGCCCUGGAGAAGCAGAGGGAGGCUGCGUCGAGGAGAGAGGCCGAGAGGAACCGAGAGGAAAGCUACAAGGACGACCCCAGGACAGCCUUGCAAAGGGCGAUCGAGCAGAGAGCGAGACACAUUCAAAUAACGCAGGAGCAGUCGCAGAUGAGGACAGAACCGAGCAACCUGCUGAUAACAGCAAGAGCGAAGCUGAGACCUCGCACUGAGUCCCAGUGAAGAACCAAUAGGAGAAGAAAGAAGAAGGAGAAGAGAUCGGCGAUCGCGAGCCGCGCCCCGUUCUCGAGAGUCGAUCGUGGAUUCCACACUCGGCGCCUUAUCGCUCGCAAGCGUGUAUAUAUACAUAACCCGAUAAGAUUUUGACUAACAAUCCGCGCAACAUUUGCUCGAAACGCUCCUCUUCGAUCUCUCUUUUGUUCGCCGGCGGUUCUCGCUGCUCUUUGAGAAUCACUCGCGAUCAUUCUCAGCCCGGUUGGACAAUGCAAACUCUACAUUUAAAACUUGUAUCGGACUAGAUAUUGGAAAUUGAGGAUUGUGAAAUGAAGAUUGGAAUUUGUUGAUUUGUCGAAUUCUGACGCAUACUUUACAGUCAUUAAUUACCAACACCCAAUUCAAUAUGAGCUUCGGAGGAUCGAUGGGGAGUCUUCUCGCGUGAAACACAGGAGGGUAGCUCAGCACAUUGCGACAUCCGUUCGCGAUUGCGUGUCCGCGCGCUUCUAGACAAGUUCGUACGUGCCUGAGCGAAUUCGCGACAACGAAUAGUCGCUUUCUCUUCCUUUCCCUUUCGGAAGUCACGAACGGUGUCUUCCACCAUCUUCAAAUCGGGUCCCGAAAUGUGUAUCUUGCACGAAGCUUCAUUCGAACGAUCGAUGGUAGUACACUUCGCACUCCUGGACACUGCUCCAAGGAUGAACAGCUAAAGGUCUCGCUAAAUGAUGCAACCAACCGCGAAGGUACGUGCGAUGCUUGCCGUUAACCCUUAAAUCGAAACAUGUGAAAAGUGCUCGGUCGAGAACGUGUGAGACCCCUGUAACCGUGUUAUUUUCCAAAAUACACGACAUAAUGAUAAUUUCAAUAGUUACAAUUUAUAGACGUGACUAAGUGGACACUUAUAAGUGGAUACUUAUUGCGCGAACUUUGAGUUACGAAUUAUCACUGGACGCUGAGCGUUUCGGCUUAAGGGUUGAAGCUCUUGAUUCGUCGCGGUAAGCUUGACGACGUCGUUGGGCCAAAAUGCAGCUGCAAUCGACGGAUCGGGAGCCUUGUGAACGCUAUUUAUUUCGUCCCAGAACUGUUCUCGGACGAGGAGCGGUACGCGCGAAUUGAAUGCCGAAAUUAUAUUGUAGAUUAUUAUAGUUAUAACUAUAUGUAUAAUUAUGUAUAUAACUAUAUAUACAUUUAUAUAUAUAUAUAUAUAUAUAUAUAUAUAUAUAUAUAUAUAUAUAUAUAAAAUAUAUAUAUACAUAACUAUAAUAAUCUAUAUGACAUAUAGAUUAUUAUUACAUAGAAAGAAACGAUGGAAGUAGUUCUCGCUAGAAGACAAAAGACAGAGAUAAGUCAGCAUUCCGGGACCAUGUGUUCGUUCGUACAUAUUCCGUUACAUGGCGUCGAGGAAACUUUGAGAUGCUCACGUGAUGACAGCUAUUGUGAAAGGAACACGCUUAAAGUUCGCAACGAACUAAGUUUUGGACAUUGAGUCAUGAUUGAAGAUUGGAGCUUGAUAAAGAGAGUCGAGACGAAAAUUGACUCGUCGAAUUUUAAUUUCUAAUUUACGGUCCUUAGUCUCCAAUAGUUAAGGUCGAUUUUUCCAGUCUCUUAUUAGUGAGCUAAUUAAUAGUUAAGCGACGCCUAUUUUUGUUUUUCCUUCAAAUUAGACAAAGAUAUGAUUAAACUGUUAGCUUACUAAGAGGUUAGAAAAAUUGGGCCUUAGUCUAAUGCUGCUUUGGAGAUAUUGAAUCGGUGUUAAUAUUGUUUUACGGUCCACUAUCAUGUUGAGUGACAACGUACAAGCACGUCACGUUCGGUUUCGCACUCCUAAAUCUAAAAUAACGCUAACCAUUCAGUAUGUCAUGUCUUUAAUUAUCGACCAAUUCACGAGAAUCUUAUUACAACAUACAAGUCGUGCGGAAAUGUUUAAGAGGAGCCGCGCACCUAAUCCAUCUGACAGAGAAGCCACAAAAUGGAGAAUACUUUCUUUUUUUUUUCGUUUUUGUACAGUCGCAUGUGUAUGUUAGAUUAUAGUUUCUUUUUUAUUUGUUUUAACAUAGAUCUAAAGUCACGAUUACUCGGAUCAUCCCAAGAUCGUCACAAUGAUUACACAACUCGAGUUCCAAAUAUAUUUUAUUCAACAUC